UUUUGUAGUUCUUGUUUUAGAUUUUUAUUUAUUAAUUUUGAAUAUUUUCAUAUAGGUGGAAGGAAAGGGCAAUGGCAUUAAGACUGUAGUGGUAAAUAUGGUUGAAGUAGCUAAGGCCUUGAAUAGACCUCCAACAUACCCAACCAAAUAUUUUGGAUGCGAACUUGGUGCUCAAACACAGUUUGACUUGAAAAAUGAGCGUUAUAUUGUUAAUGGUUCUCACGAAGCUGCAAAGCUACAGGAUCUCUUGGAUGGGUUUAUCAAGAAAUUUGUUUUGUGUCCUUCUUGUGACAAUCCGGAAACUGUUUUGGUAAGUAACUUAAAUAAUUUUCUUAUAAACUGCUGCCUUGUUAUAAAUUUUAAUGAACUAAAAGA